AUAUUCAUUGUUUAUCAAAUUUGAAUUAGAACAUUAUCUAUCUCAACACUAUAUUUUCUUUGUAUUGUAUACGUAAGAUCCUACACAAUAUGAAACUAAUCGAUUAGUUUAGUGGUUGUUAGGUAUACAGACCAUGUUGUUUACAUUACGACAAGAUUAGUUUAUUUUUAUGUUUCACAAUCUCAUUUAAGUUUAGUAAAGGCCUUUCUGCUUUUUCUCUUAAAUUACAGAAUAUAAAUGCCUAAUUAAAUUAUGGAAAAGUAUAAAGUCAUCAAAAAACUUGGAGAGGGUUCUUUUGGAAGAGCACUCCUAGCCAGUGGUUCUAAUAAUGAGUUUUGUGUCAUCAAAGAAAUUGGAAUAUCAAGAAUGUCAUGUAAAGAAUUUGAUGAAGCAAAGAAAGAAGUUGAAGUCUUAUCUCAAAUGCAACAUCCAAAUAUAGUAACUUACCGAGAUUCUUUUGAAGAGGAUGGCACAUUAUACAUUAUUAUGGAUUAUUGUGAUGGAGGAGAUCUUUAUACAAGAAUAAAUAAUCAGAAAGGUAUUCCUUUUCCUGAAGACGUAAUUCUUGAUUGGUUUGUUCAGAUAUGUUUAGCAGUAAAGCAUGUCCAUGAUCGUAAAAUAUUGCACCGUGAUAUAAAAUCACAAAAUAUAUUUUUAACAAAAAAUGGUGUUGUUAAAUUAGGUGAUUUUGGCAUAGCACGAGUGUUAAAUAGUACUUCAGAACUUGCUCGCACUUGUAUAGGUACUCCUUAUUAUCUCUCUCCUGAAAUUUGUGAGAAUAAGCCUUAUAACAAUAAAAGUGAUAUUUGGGCAUUAGGUUGUGUAUUAUAUGAAUUAUGCACAUUAAAACAUGCAUUUGAAGCAAAAAACAUGAAGAAUUUAGUAUUAAAAAUAAUUCGUGGCUCAUAUCCACCUGUACCACCACAUUACAGUUAUGAGCUUAGAAAUCUGAUUAAUCAGUUAUUUAAAAGGAAUCCUAGAGAUCGUCCAACAAUAAAUGCAAUUCUAAGAAAGCCUUUGAUUGUAAAGAGAAUUCGAAAAUUUUUGAGUGAAACUCAAAUAAAAAAUGAAUUUAACAAUACACCAUAUGGCCAUCAGGUUCCACAUUCAUUGCCACAAGUAAAACAAAAUGCAAAUAGCCAGCGAAAAAAUAAACUAACAGAUCCAGCUUCUAAAUAUGGUAAUUCUGUUGCUGUAAAAAAAACUAAAAUACCACCAAGACUAAAUGUUUGUAGAAAUCCAGUUUUACUUUCUAGAGAUGCAAAAAAGAGAUAUCAAGGAAAAAAUUUAUCACCUAAUCAAAUUAUUGAAAUCACUCAGAAAGUUCAAGAAAAUUUUAAAUUAGAAAGUUUUUCCAAGGAACAAAUUGAAAAAAUAAACAACGUGAUUUAUUCAACAAUACAAAAAGAAAAACCUGAUAAAAAUGAAAGCAAAAAUUUACCAUCUGUAAUUUCAAAUAAUGAUCAUGUUUCAUUUGAAAAGAAAACUCCUGUUCCUUUAAUUACCAACAUUGGUAAUUCAUUGCAUGAAACAAAAGAUUUAGUUUGUCCAGCAGAUAAUGAAUAUUCAUCAGGUAAUGAAUUAAAUAUUGGUAAAGAAGUUUUAUCUGAAAUAAAUAUGCAUAAAACUAACUAUGGUACAGAAAAUGAAGAUAAACAAAUAGCACUUGAAAAAAUGAAGAAAAAAUUGUUAUCUAUGAGAAGUGUGUCUAUUGAUGAUUCACUAAAUUCUCCUUAUAAUUCUUCAGUUCAUUCAUCGCAAACAUCAAUUGAGCAUAUUGAAAAACUUAGAGAAAAAGUAAAAGCAAAAUGGAAACAAGCUUAUCAAACAGAAAAACAAAAGUCAGAAGAAAGUUCACAACAAAAAAACUCUAAUAAUUUUGAUAAAGAAAAUAAGUUUGAAAAUGAAGUUAUAAAAGAAAAUAAUCAUAAUCAGGCAAAUAAUUGUAGGGCAAAAUGGAAGGAUAAACCAAAAUUAGAAAUGUUAGAAAACCUUCCCUUAGAAGAAACAGCAUCAAAGAUGGAGUCUACAUCAUCUGAUGAUUCUGUCAUUCUUUAUAAAAGACCAUUGUCAGCUCCUGGACGCAUAAAAGAUAGAAAGAUUUGGAAAAAAUCAUUAGAUACUAUAAAUUCAUCUCAGAGUUUUUCAAACAGCCAACUAAUUGAUGAAAUGCCUGAAGUUGAUCAGGAAGAAAAGAAUAUAGAAAGAAAAGAAAGUUUAGCUGAUAAUGAAUAUUUAGACAAAGAAAAAAUUCCAGAUAUUAUAUCUAUUAAUCAAACAAGUAAUUCAGAUAAGUCAAUUAUUGACAAUUUAACAUUCAAUAAAUUCCCUCCUAUUAAUUCAGUUAUUGGCAAUGAUUGUGAUAAUGUUCCAAUUACAGAAGUUACAAAUUCUAAUUGUAAGCAAAAUAUUCAGAAGCAGUCAUCAUCUGAAGAAGUUAUAUAUCCCCUGAUGUUACCUCAUCUUGAAAAUUCUGGACCAUUUGUAAAAGACAGCACUAUAGAAAAUAAUAGAAUAAAUGAGAUUAAAAAUAUUGUAGAAGUUCCAAAUUAUCCAAAGAUACAAGCAAAAGAUGUACAAAAUGUAAAUAGUUAUACUUCUCCAGUCCUUAUAGAAGUAGAAUAUUCAUAUGAAAGCAAUGAAAGUGACACUGUUCAAACAGCCUCUGAAAUAAAUACCAGUUGUUUUAAUUCAUCAAAUGAGUGUGAUAUAAAAACUAAUGAAAAUUUUAAAGAGAUUAAUAUAAAUGAUGAUAUUAACUGUAGUGUAAGUGAUAAUGAUGAACAAACUAUUGAAGACAAUUUUAAAUCUGAAUAUAUUGUCAGUAGUUGGGUAUCAGAAAUUUGCAGCAAAACAGGUGGUGACGAUAGUCUUGACAUAACUAAGAGUGCAGAAAUUAAAUCUGAAGAAAUUGAAGAAUAUACUCCAAAAGAAUGCAAUGUUAAAGUUGAUUUGGACAAAUCAACAAAAAUAUAUGACAUUUACUUUAUUGAUGAAUCAAAUGCUGAUAAAACCUUGAAAACUCAAUAUUAUAGAGGUAAUAAUGAUACUAUGUGGUUACGUACAUGCUCGCUUCCUGAUUUAAGAUGUUUUGAUGUAAACAAAAAUGAUGCUGAAGAUGUUUGCUUGAAAGAUAUAAACGUAUCAAUUUUAAAUAAAGAUAGAAUUAAUAAAAAUUCAGAAUAUGAAGUUUUCUCAAAUAAUAAUGAAAAUCAGGUAUAUGUAAGUGAAGAAGAUAGUGAUGAUGAAGAUCUUCGUAGUGUCCGUGCAUCUAUGGAAAUUAUUUUACGACAAGCUACCCAAGAUAUGAGUAGUGAUAAACAAGACACAUUAUCUAUUUGUAGUUCUGUUCCUUGGCAUUCACCUGACAGUUCAAAGAUUGGAAAUGAUGACUGUGGAAUUUUUGGUCAUUUAGAAGAACUUCGAUUAGAACUUGAAAAUGAAUUAGGUUUAGCAACUUUUGUGCAAGCAUAUCGAGAAAUGCAAGCUUGUCAUGAAGAUGAAGAAGCUAGCAUAUCAGAAGGAAUUGAACAGGUUCAUAUGAUUCUUGGAUCAGGAAAAGAAUACUUAACUGCUAGAAUUUUACAGUUAGUAAUGGCUGAAGGAAUUUAUACCGAAGGGAAUGAUUUUUGCACUGCAUAGAUAACGUUUGAAAAGCACAUUUUAUAAAUUUCAUUUUACAUUGUGUUCAAAUUAGUGCCAUUUAUUUAAAACAUUCAUAUGUACAUAAAUGUUUCAUCAUUUGAUAAUUUAAUUUCUGAAGUGAAGUGCACUGAAUUUAAAAUACAUGUCUGUUAUUUAACGUUAAGGGACCAAAUGUGU